AUGCCAGACGGGGGGUUGUGCGUCCCCGUCGAGUACAACGGCGUCCUGGCCGGCGGCGUCGUGCUUUGCCCGCUUGAAGGAGCCGAACACCAGUGGACCGAGGCCGAUUUUGAAAGGGCCGAUAUCGUCGCGAAGAGCAUCGCAUUGGGCGCUGCGUUGGAGGGAAAAUGGCAUCAGAAUGCGUGGAUGCUGCAUUCGGGGAGGAGCUUGAUAGACUCCAUGAGGGGGCUACUCGCCACCACGCUGCACCAGGUCCGGUCCCCGGUGUCGGCCUUGGUCACGUUUGGCCAUCUGUUGUUGCGCAAGCUGCCUCCAGGGGAUCCGAACAGGACCCUGGCGAAGAAUGUCAUCCUCGAGGCCCUCAGGGUCAACGAACUGCUGCAGCCGCUCGAUGAGGCGGGCGAUGCCCACGUCCUCCCAGAGGCGAACGGCGUGCCGUGGUAUCAGAAGGAGGAGGACGAGCAGCCGGAGGAGAGCGUCGUAGGUGUUGUCCCGAAGCAUACCGGGUAUGGCUGGGCGGAAGAGGACGGUAUGCAGUUGAUUUGGCUGUCAGACGUGCUUGUGGCACAGGCGGAGAGGUCCGAGUUCCUUGCGGGUGAGUGCGGCAUGCAUUUUGUGGCGGAGAUUGAUGAUGAUUCUCCGCCGAUCCUCGCGGUGGAGAAGCACGUGCGAGAAACCGUCAGCAGUUUGAUUGAUAACGCGAUCAAGUACUCGCCCAGAGGGGCCACGAUUGGCAUUCAGUCGGUGUGGAGGGAGGAGGAAGAGGAGGAGGAAGAGGAGAAUGAGAUGGUAGACGUGGUGGUGUGGGAUACAGGGUAUGGGUUUUCGGAGGACGAGAUUGAAGAGGUGUGGGACUUUGGGUUUCGGGGGUCGGCGGCGGUAAGGUCUGGGGCGCCGGGGUCGGGGAUCGGGUUGUCGGCCGUGCAGCGAAUGCUGCAGUCGUCGGGGGCGGAGAUAUCGCUGGUGUCUCCGUUGCCGGAAAACCUGGACCCGCGCUCCCCCGAUUCGGGAGAACGUGCCAUGCGACCUGGGAGCGCCUUUACCAUGCGGUUCAAGCGCCCGUCGCGAUAG